UCCCGCCCUUUUUUUCUUCACGGAUAAGUUGACAACGUCGUGUCUGUCGCGUCGCGUAAGAAAUCGGUGAAACACAAUACAUGUACUAGUUAACAUUCGGAGAGCCGGUUGUUCGCAUGGAUACCGCUGGUCAUUUUCUUCUGAGUAUAUCUCUAUUCAACAGUGUGUUCAACCAUUUUACAAGUGUAUCGUGUCAGUGUGACGGAAACACCCUAUCUGUACCUGCACCUAACUUCGACAGGGUAGUAUUUUCAUAUCCCAUCAAUUCAUCCGUAAGCUAUGACAAAAACCUGGAUUGCAAAUGGUUAUUUGAAUCCACCAACGCCAGUCUUGUUUUUGUGUUUCAUGUAACAAAUCUGCUAGUGGAUUGUGGAGAUAUUCUAAAAGUAUACGAUGGUUCGAGUAGAAGCGCCUCACCGCUGACGUCAGCUAUAUGCUCCGAUUCGUCCAGCACUACACCUCUCUACACGACGUCGUCCAAUCAAAUGCUUGUAUCGUUUCAAACAGACAGUACGACAAAGAUCAGUCGAGAGAAAGGCUUCACAUUCAGUAUACUCUCCGCAAAAACAACAGCCUACGAUCUCGAUGCUUGCAAUUCAAAUACCAAAACAUUGACAGCGACCACAGAUGAACAGUACAUAACAUCACCAUUCUUUCCGGAAAAUUACCGGAGCAAUACAUCUUGCAUGUGGAACAUCACAACCCAGGCGGAGGCUGUAUCUAUUGUUACAACAGUUCGAUUUCUCGAUAUGGAUUUCGAUCAAUUAAAUUCUGCAUGUACAGAUAAUAUUUCCGUUAGUGACGGACAGACUGAGCGAGUUUUCUGUUCUUCUGCGAGCUUUGAUCCACAAAUUUCAACAAGCAACACGUCUUUUGCUCUGAUUAAAUUUUAUUCCGAUGAUAACACUGAGGGAAGAGGCUUUCUGCUAGUAUACAAUAUUCUUGAGGAUCAAACGACCAGCUCAACAACCACAGACCCAGCUACUGCAGGAACAACAACAUCCAUAGAGACAACAACGGACCCAGCUACUACAGGAACAACAACAUCCAUAGAGACAACAACAUCCAUAGAGACAACAACCACAGACCCAGCUACUGCAGGAACAACAACAUCCAUAGAGACAACAACCACAGACCCAGCUACUACAGGAACAACAACAUCCAUAGAGACAACAACAUCCAUAGAGACAUCAACAACAGACCCAGCUACUACAGGAACAACAACAUCCAUAGAGACAACAACAACGGACCCAGCUACUACAGGAACAACAACAUCCAUAGAGACAACAACAUCCAUAGAGACAACAACCACAGACCCAGCUACUGCAGGAACAACAACAUCCAUAGAGACAACAACCACAUACCCAGCUACUACAGGAACAGCAACAUUCAUAGAGACAACAACCACAGAAAUAACAUCAACAACAAAGCUUAUAACAACCAUUACAGAAACAACAGCUCCUACGACAAUCGCCACUAUGAUAUCAACAUCAUCAUCAUCAACAGUGUCGACAAUAACCUCUAGACCGGAGGAAUCGAGUCCUUCUCCCACUGUGUCAUCCACCGCAUCCAGUGGGCUGACCCCCCGAAGUGAAGUCACGUUGGAGGCAGUGAUUGUGUUGACGGUCUUCUCUUUCCUAGUUCUGGUUGUAAGCAUCACAGCCACCACUGUCAUGUGUUUCUCCAAGAAAGACUUGAAGCGCAGGCAUAUUUCAAUCACGUCUUCAGAUUCCCAACCCCAAAGUGGACAUUGGAGCCAUUACUUUGAUGAAAUUAGUACUGUUCACAAUCACUAUCGUCGGGCUAAAUAUACACAUAAUGAAUAUAACACAUAAA